CUCCACGGGGGAAGCGUGGGCUCUGCGGUGCCCGGCACCACGCCGCGACGGGGUUCGGCGGCGUGCGGGCGCUUGCUGGGGGAGGCUCAGGAGCCUCAGGUCGGGCAGCGCGGCACACGGAGGGGCUUGGGGAGCCUGUCCCCUCUGCCAGGCACGGGCCGGGGGUGGCCGUGCCGGGCAGCAGACGGUGGUGCCACCGCGGCGAGGCUGGGCCGUGAGUCCUGCCGAGACGCUGCUGGGAGCAGUGGAAGUGCCAGGCAGCCCCGCCGUGUCUGGGUCUGGGGACGGCGGAGCAGAGGGGAAGGAUUUCUCUGUUUCCAUCUCGGCAGAGCUGUGAAUUUUCCUCUAUAAAUAGUUGCUGUGGAGACUGUGGAGCUGCAGCAGGCUGACAGACCCGCUGCCAGGGAAGCUGGGGCGGGCAGGGAGAGGCCAGCAGUAAAGUGAAUCCACCGCAGCUGUCCUAGGUCUCCUGCUAUCCCGAAGCCAAGGUUGUUCCAGAAGCAGUGCUGUGAUCUGAUACCCUGCCCCGCUCCUCGCCACGUCCAUCCAGCGAUGCAGAAGAUUUUGGUCUGCUCAAGGACACCCCUCCCGGGCAGCGCAGACUAAAAGGAGAGCAGGACCAGCUGGUAUCUCACUUUGGGGAGCUCCAGAAUGAGCCAGAUGACAAACGGAGCAGCGUGCCCUGCCUGCAAGCUGCUGCACGGAGUAAAAUACUGAAGAUCGCACCGCCUGUGUCCCACAACCCGGUUCCCUACUGCCUCUGUCCCCUCGUGCCAGGAUCUGCUGCGCUGCUGGGCCAUGGAAGAGCGGGUGCAGUGGGAGAUGCUGGCAGCCCAGCGCACAGGAGGCCACCACCCCGUGCGGGAAGGAGAGGUGUUCAACACGCGAUACCAGGCUCUGUGCAAGCUGGGCUGCGGCGCCUUUGCCACCGUCUGGCUGUGCCAGGACAUGAGGAGGAAGAAACACGUAGCUGUGAAGGUCCUGAAAAGCAGGGAAGGCUUUGCUGAGGCUGCCCAGGACGAGGUCGCUCUCCUCCGCUGUGUAAGCAGUAUGAAGAAGAAGGACCGGGCAGGAGAAAACAUUGUCUGUUUGUUAGACGACUUCAGAAUGAUUGGAGAGAACGGCUUCCAUGCCUGCUUGGUAUUUGAGGCGCUGGGUCCUUCCCUGCGAUGUCUGAUGGGUAACUAUGCAGCCCAGGGACUGCCUUUGCCUUUUGUGAAAAAAUCUUUACAGCAGGUGCUGGCAGGGCUGCACUUUCUGCACAAGCGCUGCCGCAUCAUCCACGCGGACAUCAAACCGGAGAACAUCUUGCUGUACGGACGUGACAAAAGCCUCCAAAGGCUUCUGCCUGAUAUGCUCGACUGCGGCCAGAGAACAGAUUUGGGGCUAAAAGGACCAGGAGGUGAUCUUGGCAAUGGAUUGGAGGAAUCUGAUUUAAUGAGCAUAGAAGUGAAAAUUGCAGAUCUGGGCAGCGCGUGCUGGACAUACAAGCCUUUUUCCAAGGAGAUACAGACUCAGCCAUACCGUGCCCUGGAAGUGCUUCUUGGAUUAGACUAUGGCACUCCUGCAGAUAUCUGGAGCACGGGCUGCCUGGCAUUUGAAAUGGCAACUGGGGAGUGUCUAUUUGAUCCUCAACCUGGGAAAUAUUUCUCCAGAGAUGAUGAUCACGUUGCUCGUAUUAUUGAGCUCCUGGGAAGAAUUCCUCCUCAAAUUGCUUUCUCCUGGAACAAGUCAACAAAAUUUUUCAGCAGGCCAGGUGCGCUUCUGCGGGUCUCCAGACUGUCCCCCCGCAGUCUCCACAGCAUCCUGGCGGAGAGACACCACUGGACGAAACACGACGUUACUCCCUUCACCAGCUUCCUCCUCCCCGCGCUGCAGUACGCGCCCGACCGCCGCGCCACAGCCGCCCAGUGCCUGCAGCACGCCUGGCUCAGCGCCCCGUGACCGGCCCCUCGCCCUGCGGGGGGACCGCCGACCCUGCCCGGCAGCUCCCGCCAGGCACCCCCGCCACCUGCGCCGGAGCCGCCCCUCCUCCUCCUCCUCCUGCCCCCGCCACCGCCCCGGAGCUCUGCGGGCCCCGCCGAGACGCUCCGGCCCCGCCGCAGCGGCCAGGACCGCCCUCCCGGGGCGGGGGUGGCGGUGGGCGCUGCGCACAAGAUGGCGGCGGGGCCGGGACGCCCCUCAGGCGGCGGCGGCGGCUCGUCGGCCUCCCGCGGCGCGGCUGGCCCGCCACCCCCGGUACGCGGCACAGCCUCUUCCGAGCGACCCCGGGAGCGGGGCGGUGGCUGCCGCCGCCCCCUCCGCGCAGCCUCCAGCUUUAUGCGGCAGCUCCUCCCGCCUUCGGGCUCCGUUCGCCUUCCUUAAACGUCCCUUUAGCUCGCGUAGUCCGCACGCAGCGCUAAUUGGAAGCAGUAAUUAACGUCCGAUGCUCUCCACGUCUGUCGGGCUGUUUAAGCGGCGGGGCAAGGGCAGGGAGACCCUUUCCGUGCCCGCCCGUCCGCUCGCCGGCAGCGGGCGGGACGGCCGGCCCGCGGCGCAGCCCGCCUUCCCCCGCCAGGCCAGCACGGCCGACGGCUCCGUAGGCGCGCUCCCCCUCCUCCCAACGGAGACGCGGUACGCGGGCACCAGCACGGGCGCCUGCCCAGCGCCGCAGGGUCCCUCCCGCCCCGCUCAGCGGCGCUCGGCCCCCCGCGCCCCUCCCUCCCUCCCUGCCGCGGAGAGGCCGCUCCUCCGCCUCACGCAGCCGGCCCCGCGGUCGGCGCCCCAGGCCCUUUGUUCGGGGCUCCGGGAGCGGAGAACGAGCCAGCCGUAGGCUCCGGCGGUGGGCUGGCACCUCUCCCCGCUGGCCCCGGGCCCUCAGCGGGGUUGGAAGGCGGCAGUCCCGGCGCGUCCUGCCCCUCUCGCCUCAGGAGGGCCCGCCGGGCGCGGUGGCGGGAAGGGGGGGAAGCGGGGAGGAGGGCAGCCGCCGGAGCAGAGCAGCUCUGCGGCGCGGCACCCGCGCCCCGCGAGGCCUGAGGGGGAGCCACCGGUGGCGAGCCGCGCUCCCUCGGCGGCAGGGGGGGUGUCCGGGGCGGCGGGCUGCCCUGCCGGGACCCCGGCCCAGCGGCCGCCCCCUCCCCCCCGCGGCGCGGACGUGCCGAGCGGCAGGCCCCGCGCCCGCGCCGCCGCGCAUGCGCCCUGCGCCCCCUUCCACCCCCCCCUCCCUCCGGCCCGCGCAUGCGCGGCGCAGCGGCGGCUGCCGCCCAGGAAUCCCGGCCGCCCGCGCCGCCCCUUCUUUCUGCCACGUGUCCCGACGCGGGAGUUACCCCGCGGAGAGCGGCGCCUCGGCAGGGGCGGCGACGGGCCCCGCCGGCCCCGCCCCUCGGCACGUAGCGCGGUUCGGCCGGCAGGCACUGUCGCAGCCCGCCCGGCUGCACCGCGUCGCUGCUGGCGGCCGCCUCU